UACUGAAAAAUAUUUUUAUAAACUUUAAAUGUAUUCAACGUGUUGUAGGAAUGUAGAAAUAUUGUAAGUUAUUAUUCUAAGCAUAUCCAGACAUCGAGAGGCCCCUACCCAGAUAGAUUACUAUCAUAAUGUAAUUUAUACACAUACUGUAAUUUACACACAUAUGGUUUUAAGUCAAGAAUGAUGGAUGGAGACUUGUGGACCCUGUUGAUAAUAACCUUUGACCUAGCCUUGUAAGCCUGAAUUCCUGUGAAAGGUUCACAUUUCUAUAGGCAAUCAUUCAUUCAUUCAUUUAAUUAGAAGUCUCAAGAAGGUCUUUGUGUGUAACUUACCAAAACAUCAUAACGUAUGGCUUUAAUCAUAGAUAUCGAAUAAUACUAAGUUACCACCUAUUUUUUCUUAGAUAACCAAUUAUUGUAAAGCAGGCAAACCUUAUGUCAUUAUGUAUACGCCCCAUGUAAUUGAAUUUUAAAUGUAUAUAAUCCAUUGCAGCUAGAAUACCAAUACCAAUAGAAUACCAAUACCUUUUAACAUCAAGCUUGGAUAAGAUCUAGAAGUGAAUAUACAUUGUCUAUUGGUCCAUAUGAUUUUAAACCAGACUUUUGUUGUUACCGGAUGAUGUGUAUAUUGUAAUAAAUAUACGGUUUUAACUGCAAGACACUCUGAUUCGAUUUGUUCAGAAAACUGGAAAACAAAUAUCUCACGGAAUGCAAAUUUCCUACAUUUAAUGGUGGAGAAUGCGGGCAUCUUGGAUUUAAGUCAGAAGGCAACUUUGAGUUAAGUCUGAAUUAUUACUGACUUAAUAUUUAAGUGUUCUGCUACAAACUACAAGAAGACAAGAAGAUAAGAAAAUCGCUGAAGAAAAGUUCAAAGUGUUCUCUGAAGAAAAGCUGUAGUACCCGGCUUGAAACAGGAGAAAAACAAGAGACUAAUUGACACAGCAGGAGUGCAUCCCAAAGAUUCUUUGUUUAAACAUCCCAGGUCUGAUGCGAAGACGGAGGUGAGGCAGGGUGAGAAAGUCGUUCGAACGCGGCAGAUGUUUAUGUUCAGUACUGAAGCAAGAAUUUGAAGAUAAAUAAUUGAGAUGGACAAUCCGGGUCCUUUUUAUCCACACUUUAUCAAGUAAUUUGUGACGACUUGCAGAUCGAAGAUUGCAUUUCGGAGGAUUCUCAAGAAUAACUACAUAUUCCAGAAAGUAUUCUUCUAUCAGAAAGUGGCCAUAUCUGUGGAACCAGAGUACUUAAUGGGUAUGUGUCUUGUUUUAAAUCAUAUGUAAAAAGUGCUCUCAUAUAUAUAUUGUUUGUUAAACAAAGUGUUUCAACUGUUUAAGUUAAUUAUGGAGUGGCUGCAAAGGAUUGCUGCCAGAUCUAAUAGAGAUCUUUCUGUAAAAGGUGUUAAUCCUGAAAGUAUAUGGGAUGACUGUUUAUUGAAAUUAAUAGACGGAUUAAGUGAGAUAGAGCACAACAAUGUAUUUAAAAAGGAAAGUCAAAAAGUUGCAUUACUGGCAAAGAGCUUUUUGGAAACUAAUGAUGCAAUGAAUGAAUGGUGUCAACUUAAAAAGACCAGUAAUUGUUAUGUAUGUAGUACAACAAAACAAAAAAGGGAUGUUUUGUUAAAACAACUGAAAAAUGUAUGUGUUGUCACAAGGACUAGUUAUUUCCCUAGCCCCCCCAGCAAAACUGUGAAAUCUCCACAAAAGCUGUUAACAGAAGGGAGAUUGCCCCCAAGGCUCUCUUUUGAUAGUGACUUGGAAUCCACGUUAACUGAAACAAAAACUCAAAUAGAAAAUUCUCGGCAAUUGUUGAAAAGUUUUAGUAGGGAUCAAGAAAAUGAAGAUAUUAAUAUAAUGAAAGAAAUGCUUAGAAAUCAGACUGAUUUGUUAGAUAGAACCCAUAAAACCCUGUCUCAUAUGUCUAAAGAAUUAGACAUAAAUGUUACUAAUUUUGACAAUUUGCAGAGACAGAUUACUAAUCUGGGUAGUGCUACAGAUAUUUUGUGGAAAGCUACAAAUCAGAAAGAUUUGGAUUUUACUUUGAAAGAGGAAAGUGAAAAUGAAAUAGCUCAAAGGUUAAGUUGUGAAAACGGGCAGGCGAGAAGUGAAAUAGAAAAUAAAUUGGGAAACGUACAAGGAAAGGGUCAGUUGGAUAUUCUCAAAUUAGCUAAAUUGAUUAAGGAUUUGCCUAAAUAUGAUGAAAAAAGAGGACCUUUUUACAAUAUGAGUGUUUUUGAAGGUGAAAUGAAUAAAAGACAAUUUGAUGAUGUGGUAGCCACAAGAGGUCUUUUGAUCUGGCUGCCAACUUCAUUAAGUGAAUGGGUUAAAGUUAAACUCAUUGAUGUGUUGGAAGGGAAGUCAAGUGAAAAGCCCAGAGUUGAGUUGGAGGAAUUGUUUCCAAAUAAUACACAGAGAUUGCUAAUGGUGGUACAGUGUGCAACUGGUGUGGAGAAUUUUCAAUUUUCUACUCUUGAUUCAUUUAAAAUGGAGAAAAAUGAUGAUAUACGUGUUUGUGCUAAUUUGUGGAAUAAGGCAUGGAAUUUGAUUACUGAUACAGAACCAUCUGCUAUGUCUAAAGAACAACAUAAGCAGAGUGUUACUGAAUUUGUCUCUAGAAUAGCAGGGUUGCCAAAUGAGAUAAAAUUAAGAGCUUUUGAUUCACCCACAGUUGAUUUUGCUGCUACAGAAAUAAUGAAAUCUUUGCAAUUGUUGCAAAAGAAAAACACAGAAACAGCUAAGAUUUUUGCUUUCACAGACACAAUUUUCUCUAGGGAUACUUCAGCAGGUCUGGCCCCUAUUAACUAUGUGUCUCGUGAAGAAGGUAGAGGAAGAUAUGAAAAUAAUAAUAGAAAUGGUAAUUUUAGAGGGAGGUCUAUGAAUAAACCACAAAAUUACCAGGGUACUAGAAAUUAUUCGGCCCCAUCCCAAGAUAGAUAUUAUAGGGUUAGUCAGAAUAGUCCUAUGAUAUGCUAUAAAUGCAACCAAGAAGGUCAUGUUAGGAGAUAUUGUCCCAAAAAUGAAGAAAAAUCUUACACAGUGAAAGGGAAAGAAAAUGGCAUUGUGCCAGGCUAUAAGAAUCUACAGAGAGUGGCAGCUGUAGAAACCGAAAAUACAUCUUCAAACCCCCCUCAAAUAUCAAAUCCAUAUGAAGAGUGUAGACGGAUGUUAAAUGCCAUUGAAAUGAAGGUGGAAGCAGUCACAAGUCCACAAGUGAAUUCUGCUUACCACACUAAUAAAUAGGGAUGUGUAACCCCUAGUUGUUCUCUGGUCUAUCUCACUGAUAUUACUCUGGGUGAAGAUGGAAGGCCAUAUAUUUAUGGAACACUAGAGGGGAAUAUAACAGAGUUUUUAGUAGACACAGGAGCUGCAGUGUCUUUAACCAACAAAAGCUUGCCUUUAAAAAUUGAAGCACCAACAAUUUCCCUUCUAAGUUUUAAAGGAGCACAUGCCCAUGCAACUCUAUCCACUGAUAAUUACAUCAAAUUUGAAGGAGGUAAAAUAAAUUGUGACUUAUGGGUCGACCUCUCAUCCCACUGUACUAUUUUGGGGAUGGAUGUUAUCAAUGGAAAAAGUUGUAUGUGGAUUUAUUGAAUUUGGUUUUGUGGCAAGCUCCAGGUGAGAGCAAAUCAGGUGGAGUGGUUAGACCUAAUGAUUUAGGAUGGUAUAGUCAUGUCAUGUCUGUAAAACAGGGUGAAGUGUCACCUUCUAUACAACAAGAUGAUGAUUUUGUAACCUAUCUUAAAGAAAAAUACCCCACAGUAUGGUCUAAAUCUAAACAAGAUUGUGGGAGAAUGAAUUUACAAGUUGUCAUUGAAGGACCAGACCCUCCUGCAGUAAAACAAUAUAAAAUUCCAAAAGAAUCAGAAGAAGGUGUGAGUCAAGUGAUAGAGGCAUUGGUAUCUCAAGGAGUGCUGAGAGUGGGUAAUUCCAAAUGUAAUUCCCCUAUUUGGCCAAUAAUCAAGCCAGAUGGCUCUUAUUGUUUAAUUGUGGACAUGCGAGUGGUGAAUAAGUAUACCCAACCAGCAGCCCAUAUAGUGGCCUCCUCACCAGAUAUCAUGGCACAAGUAGACGGCAAUGCUAAGUAUUUUUCUGUUCUGGAUAUAGCCAAUGGGUUUUUCUCAAUACCAGUACACCCAGAUAGUCAGUAUCGUUUUGCGUUUACCUUUAAAAAUCAUCAAUAUCUGUUCCAGGUGCUGCCACAGGGCUUCCACUCCUCGCCAGCUUAUUUUCAUAAAGCACUGGCUCAAGUAUUGGAACCCCUGGGGUAUGGGAGCAAGAUUUUGCAAUAUGUUGAUGAUCUGUUGGUUCAAACAGUAACAAGGGAAGAGCAUGAGCAGAUACUGUGUGACGUUUGUCAAGCACUGGCAGAUAAUGGGUUAAAACUGAACACUUUCAAAGUUGCUGCAGAACAUGCUGAAUGGUUAAAAGUAUUACAAGAACAGCUGCAGUCAGUUUUGAAGUUUGCUGCUUUGAAUAUGGCCCCUUCUGGUAAACAAUGGGUUAAAGAUGUAACUCAGGGGAAUUAUGCAGAUAAGUUUAAACCAGGAUACAAAGUGAUGGUAAAAUCAUUUAGAACACCAGGUCCCUGGCAGGCAGGUUGGGAAGGACCUUAUAUUAUUCUAAAGAAAUUAGGACAAACUGUCUUACAGGUUCAAAGAGCAAAAGUUGGUAGGAAAUGUAAUAAAGCAAUUCUUGUGCAUAUUGAUCAAUGUAAACUCACUAAUGUAUAAGAAUAGUAAACUGCCAUCUGUUUUUCAUUACAGAAUCAAUAAUGUUUGUUCAUGGACAAAGACUGUUUAAUUUUAAAAAGGACAAAUUGUUUGGACUAUCAAAAGACACUAUGGACAAAAAGACUGUUCUCAUGAAUGCGAUUGGAGAGGACAUUACUUCAUGGACUAAAUCAAACCGAUUGGGGUUUCUUGAUAAUGUAACCUUUAUAAAAUUGCAUAGCAUCAUACUGUUUUUAAUCAUGAUGAUGUUAGGUACAAUCAAUGCCCAAGGUACAGGUACUCCAGAUUGUGAUAUUAGAGAUACUUUUUCUAAAUGUACAGCAUUCCCCUAUGAGUGUAAAGUGAGAUAUUGUAAGACUCCUGAUGUUGAUUAUUGUGGAUGCAUUAAUGUAGACACAUCUGAGGAUGCAAUAUCCGGUGCGCUCAUAUUCCAUGAUAACCAAGAACCAUGUAUGACAUAUCUAUCAGUUGACGGACGAAUUGAUUUAAUCAUUAAUAUUACCAAGGAUCGGACAUAUAUAAUGCAAAAUAAUACUGAGAGUAGGUGUGUGGUACCUACUGGUAUAGACAACACCCUUACCCUUACUAUGUUUAAUGUGAGAAGUGUUAACGAUGAUGGGUUAAUUUGCUACAUGUACUUAAUAGAUACACUUGUUAAUCCAUACACAAAUACUAAAGUAAAAGUACUCGAACAAACACAAGACAGCUCAUUUACCUAUCAAAACCCAGCUAAAUGUGCAGGCCAAGUCACUAUGUGGCCUUGGCAUCCAAAAUCAAGAAAACCUUCAUGGUUAUGGACACCUAUUUUUGUUAUGAGAAAUAUAAUAAAUAGGAAUGGAAACACUGUUUCUCUUUCAUAUGCAUUCACAAUCACGACAUUUCAUGAUAAUUGGACUCCAGAACAAAGAAUAACAGAUGAUUGUAAUCUUGUAGAAGAGGAAGGAAAAGAUCCCAUUAGAAUAUACAAAGAUGAUGAUCACAAAGUCUUAUUUGGGGCUUCAUUUAGUAUAUACACAUAUUCAUUGAACAUGUCAGAAUGGGACAUUACACGUACAUUCCCACAAUGUCAGGAAUAUACAGUAGGAAUACAACAAGAUUUCUAUUAUUGGUUAAAACAAGACACCACUUUCUCAAGACCAGUGAAUACACGAAGAAAACGUGAGUGGUAUAACACAGUAUUAGGUGGUUUAGGUGUAGGAGCAAGUAUGAUAAAUGGAGUAAAUAUAGAAUCAUUAGCAGCUAGAAUGAGUACACUAGCAGCUGCAGGUAGCAAAUCACAGGAUGCUUCAUUGUUAUUAUCUAAGAUACAAAUGCAAACAGUUAUCAACAACUACAGAACAGACAUUUCCAUUAUUAAGAAUCUCAUUAAUAAAAAGUAUAAUAUCAGUGUAGGAAUGGAAAAGAUUGCAAGUGAUACCUCUUUAGCCUUAGGAUGUAUAGCUUUACAAAUGGACAUCAAUACUAAUGCAAAAAUAUUCCUGCAAGCUCUUUUUAACCAUCAAUGGCCUUAUGAAGUCCCUCUUGAAGUGCCUAAAAUAAGUUUCUACUACAGAGCUUUUUGGCAUACACAAUGGUUAGGAUGUCUGGAAGACACAAUAGAAAAUUGUGCUUUUGCUAUUUUUCUCCCUACUAGAGGAGUUAAUUACAACAGAUUCAAGUAUAUUGAUUUGGGUAAAAUAGUGAAUUCUAAAUGGAUAAAAAUGGAUAAUAAGCAAAAUGAUAAAAUCCUAGUGGGAGUAAAAACUGUAGAAUACAUGCUGAAUACAGAAAAUUGUUUGUUAAACGAUGGUGAUUAUGUCUGCCCUUAUGGUGUUAAUGUUCUAGAAGAGGUAUCAUGGUGCUGGGAGAAUAAUGACACAUGUCAAAUGAAAUUAAAUAAAAUACCAAUUCAACCAGCAUGGACAUACAAUAAAGGCAUGAUAUGUUGGCAUCAAAUAGAAGGAAAAACAGAAAUACAUGAGAAAAAUUGUUCUGAGACAGUAAGCUUAGCACCAGGUAGUUAUUGUACAAAGAGACCUGCUUUGUCAGUAACCACCAAGGAUAUAAGGGGUAAAUAUUAUGAUAUAAUACCACCCAUACUAAAAAGGACUGAUUCAAUUAUGAAAUAUGAUCAACGUACUUUAUAUAAUGUAAACAUAGGUUACGGAGUUGAUUUCUAUAAGCAGUUAAAGAACAAUGAAGAGUUAUUACAAGUUAUUGAUAAAGCUGCGACUGGAGUACAUAACACUUUAGUACAAAUACAUACAGUGCAAGGUAUGAUUAAAAGCAUUAAACAUGAUUAUAUCGAAGAAACCACAUCCUGGUGGCAACGGUGGUUUGGUGGACAAAAGACAGGAUUAGUUAUGGGUAUGACACACUUCAUAACUCAUCCUUUGGUAAUUUUGAUAAUUAUUAUCAUGGUUUUAUUCUUCUUUAGUUGGUAUAUGUUUAAAAGAAUCAAUCGUUUACGGUCUCAACUGAUGGAUGUGGAAUACAGAUGUAAAUUCCUGACCACAAAAUUAAAGUUUUACAAGGAAAUGGAAUAAAUUAUGAUGCAUUAUAUUUACAUAAAAAGCAUCAAAGGGGAACUUGAAAAAUAUUUUUAUAAACUUUAAAUGUAUUCAACGUGUUGUAGGAAUGUAGAAAUAUUGUAAGUUAUUAUUCUAAGCAUAUCCAGACAUCGAGAGGCCCCUACCCAGAUAGAUUACUAUCAUAAUGUAAUUUAUACACAUACUGUAAUUUACACACAUAUGGUUUUAAGUCAAGAAUGAUGGAUGGAGACUUGUGGACCCUGUUGAUAAUAACCUUUGACCUAGCCUUGUAAGCCUGAAUUCCUGUGAAAGGUUCACAUUUCUAUAGGCAAUCAUUCAUUCAUUCAUUUAAUUAGAAGUCUCAAGAAGGUCUUUGUGUGUAACUUACCAAAACAUCAUAACGUAUGGCUUUAAUCAUAGAUAUCGAAUAAUACUAAGUUACCACCUAUUUUUUCUUAGAUAACCAAUUAUUGUAAAGCAGGCAAACCUUAUGUCAUUAUGUAUACGCCCCAUGUAAUUGAAUUUUAAAUGUAUAUAAUCCAUUGCAGCUAGAAUACCAAUACCAAUAGAAUACCAAUACCUUUUAACAUCAAGCUUGGAUAAGAUCUAGAAGUGAAUAUACAUUGUCUAUUGGUCCAUAUGAUUUUAAACCAGACUUUUGUUGUUACCGGAUGAUGUGUAUAUUGUAAUAAAUAUACGGUUUUAACUGCAAGACACUCUGAUUCGAUUUGUUCAGAAAACUGGAAAACAAAUAUCUCAC